AUGGACCUCCCAACAGUCGCUCUUCACGCUGACGACCAUCUCGCACUCACACGCGACCUCGCUGCCCCUCUCCAUCCUUCAACGACCUUCCGCUAUCCUUCCGACCCUGCCGAUCUGGUCCCAGCGAACGAACAAUCCAUCUAUGAUUACUCUACUGACGACAAGGGCAAGCCGAAGUAUAUCUACAGCCGGCUGACGGCGCCAACGCUUACGAGGACCGAAGCUGUCUUGAGUGGGGUUAUGGACGCGCCGACGGUAUUGUACUCGAGUGGAUUGGCCGCUGCGCAUGCUUUGCUGGCGUAUUUGAAGCCGAAGAGGAUAUUGAUCGGAGAAGGCGGGUAUCACGGCGUCCAUGCAUUGAUCGAGCAACUGGCAAGGUUGUCGCCCGGCUCCUUCCAGAAAGUUGGGCUUGAUGCCGAGGAAAUUGGCCCCGACGAUAUCGUUUGGGUCGAGAACCCACUCAACCCCUACGGAACCAUUAUCGACCUCGCCCAGCUCGCCGAAACGGCACACGCCGUCCGCGCCAAGAUCUGCGUGGACAUGACCUUCGCACCACCACCCAUGUCAUCCACACCCUACAUCUGGGACGAGCUAAAACUCGAUUUCGUAAUGCACUCGUGUACGAAAUACUUUGGUGGUCACUCUGAUUUACUAUCGGGGUCUGUAUCGACGAGGGAUGAGGGGGCACACAAGGCAUUGCUGACUGAACGGACAUUCUGGGGGUCUACGCCUGGGAGUAUGGAACAAUGGCUCCUCCUCCGCUCGCUGCGGACGUUGGAUAUGCGCGUACGACAACAAAGUACAACAGCUACCAUCCUAGCCCGGAAACUGGCCGAACUAACCGCUUCGUCAACGUCACCCAUCCAAACCGUUCACCACGCCUCACUCCAGCCGCCUUCGCUCACUGCCUCGCUGUUCCCCUCGGGACUGUAUCCAGCUUGCUUCGCCAUUGUGUUGCGCAAUGGGGAUCUUGCGAAAGGACUCCCGUCUAAGCUGAAAGUGUUCAACCACUGCACGAGUUUGGGCGGAGUGGAGAGUUGUGUUGAGUGGCGAGCCAUGAGCGAUGCUUCGUGCGACCCAGGGUUGGUACGGAUCAGUGUUGGUGUGGAGGCAUCGGGGGAUCUGGUUAAAGACUUCGUGCAAGGCUUGGAGGCCCUGGAUAACGAUGCAGCCACAUAG